AUGUCGCGUCGACGCGCUACUCGCGCCCAGCGCGGGGUCAAGACCUCAGAAUUCGAAGUGGACGAGGAGAUCCGUUUGCUUGAUGAAGAACAAGCCGAAGCCAAUCGCCGCUUUGAAGAACGACGAGCACGUCUCCUUCGCAGGAAAGCCGGUCUUCCGUCGGGUUCCGUUGGAGUUCAAUCCAUGCCGCCCGAACUUCUCUCUGAGGUAUUCCCGCACCUCGUCAAUGGCGACUCGAGGAAUUUGGUGUGGCCAUCGCAUGUUUGUCGGCUCUGGAGAGAAGCCCUUCUUCGCGAAGCCGCUCUCUGGCGCUUCAUAUGUGUCGGCGAGAAGAACGAGCAGAAGCGCGUCAGUCUGGCUUAUCUUAAAACUUGCAUAACAAGAGCUCGCAGCCGUCUCCUCUCCUUUUCUAUCAAGCCUCACAACGAGUAUAUGUCAUCCGAGGCCUAUUUCAAGGAGAUUCUAAAGGCAGCAACCACAGGCACCCAGCCAUGGGAGUCAUUUUCCUUCACGACCUUGGAAAUGGCGGAUUGCGUUCUGAUACUCAUCACAAUCCCAAGGUGCCAACCAAAGGUUUUCGCUCCGCUGAAAAAUCUAUCUCUCACAUGUCUUGGUCGACUCCAGCCCUGGUCCCUAUAUACAUUGGACCCUCAACAGACGUUACUAGGCCCGGUACCCUUGCAAUCACUCCAGACCCUUACCCUUGAUUUCGGCUCUUCAAUCUCCGCUGCGAAGACAUCAGUCUCAUGGAAUAGGCUUACGAGUCUGAAGCUCGCCUCUGACAUGACAUCUUUGGCCUACCUUUCUAUCCUCUGUCUCUGCACCAAUCUCGAAUCGUGUUCCAUAUCGCCUAAUACCGAUUUUGACCUUGGGUAUGUGACGGGGUCCUAUGAGCCGGCAAUUUUGGCUAAGCUGAAGAAACUCGAGCUCGUUUGCGACUCGAACCCCGCUUUUAUUCCUUCCCUACUCGUCUGCCCUUGCCUUGAGGAGGCAACCUUCAAAUUGAAUCACUGUAUGGAAGUGGGAGAUACCGAGUUGAUAGCCUUCCUAGCAAAGUGUGAGGCCACACUACGAAGAUUAAAACUCUCAGCAGAUUUUUGUCGUACCGACAAGUGGGCGGGUUCUAUGCAGAAUCUGGAGGAGCUCACAAUCAUGGGAGGAUAUGACAGCGACUUCGACAGUGACGACAGCAGUGACUCCGACAGCGAUGACGACAGUGACGACGAGGACGAAUUUUCCGAUCAUACUAUUUCCAGUUUCUUCUCGCCUCUCGUUGUCACGCCCAAAAAGGCUUUGCUGCCACGGCUAAAAGUCCUUCAGGUCAUCGAUCAGAGCAAGAGGUCAAAAAAUGCGGUGAACGCCUCGCUUUUCCAGAUCGCAAAAUCCAGAAUGACCGGAAAGCGAAAUGUGGCGAAGUUACAGCGUAUUGUCUUCAAGAUGGUGGAUCGAACGGACGCGAAGAUGGACCAGUACCGCAGGCAAUAUGCGAAAUGGGAGAAGGAUGGUCUGCAAGUCGAACUCGACGAAUAG